GAGUGACGGGGCAAAAUAAAAAACCCCUCCAACCCCCUCCCCUCCAAUAACUGAAGCCAACAGAUCAAGAGAAGGGAGAACUAACUAGGUAGAAAAAACCGGUGAGAAUGGCCGAGGCAGCAGAUAGAAGGAGUAGCAGGAAAAACAGAUGGUCACUUCAUGGCAUGACUGCUCUUGUCACUGGUGGAACCAAAGGAAUCGGGUAUGCUAUCGUAGAGGAAUUAGCUGAACUUGGCGCAAGAAUACACACAUGCUCCAGGACUGAAACUGAACUCAACAAAUGCUUACUUGACUGGGAAGCAAAAGGUUUCCAGGUUACUGGUUCAGUCUGUGAUGUAUCAUCCAAGGCCCAAAGAGAGAAGCUAAUAAACACUGUUUCGUCUGAAUUUGAUGGGAAACUCAACAUCCUUAUUAACAAUGUGGGGACAACUUUCUCGAAGCCGACUUCAGAGGUGACAAAUGAAGAUUUCUCAUUUCUCAUGGGGACAAAUUUUGAGUCUGCUUACAACUUCUGCCAACUUGCAUAUCCUCUUUUGAAAGCUUCUGGGGCAGGAAAUAUUGUUUUUCUGUCUUCAGUUGCUGGUGUGGUAUCAGUAAAUAUUGGAUCUGUAUAUGGAGCAACAAAAGGAGCCAUGAACCAACUUGCAAAAUACUUGGCAUGUGAGUGGGCAAAGGACAAUAUAAGGGUUAACUCUGUUGCACCUUGGUGCAUCCGAACUCCCCUUGCAGAACCUCUCAUUGAGAAUUUCUCGGAAGCUAUCAUCGCCCGAACUCCGAUGGGACGGGUUGGAAAGCCAGAAGAAGUCUCAUCCUUGGUGGGAUUCCUGUGCCUACCAGCAGCCUCUUAUAUGACAGGGCAGACUAUUUGCAUUGAUGGGGGGAUGACAGUGAAUUGCUUCCUCUAUCCUGGAAUGUUCAGCACCCACGCCCAUUCCCAAUCUUAAAAUGAUGCAUAAGAUCACUUAGGCAAAAUUAAAUAAAUAAAUAGAAAUGAAGCAUAAGGCACCUCAACUACAUGGUCAGCUUCCUAGUUGUUGGUCGUCUUUCUCUUUCUUUCCCCUCUUAAUUUUCCGUCUAAAAAACUCCAAAUUGCUGCCCUUGCUUGAAUAUGGAUUUUAUUUCUGUUGUCUACCAAAAUAAACCAAAAGCAGCUUCUUGAUUUUGGCUAUAA